GUAGUUCGUUGCUCGGGAACAGUUUUCCGCGCUGCUGUUUGUAUUAUGAGUGUCUGUGGGUGUGUGUGUGCCGCUCACUCAGCUGCGUUUAACGGAUUAUUAGUUAGCUGGAGAACGAUAACAUGCCUGCUAACGUCUCUGACUGUGCUUUGGCCUGGCUGUUAGUUACAGUCCAUACUUACUGAGCUGAGGCAUGAAGAGCAGAAAGCAGAGGUCCGCCAGAACUGCAGGCAGCAAAAAGAAAGUCCCCAGUGAUGUGUCCCCAUCCACUAGUCUCCCACCUCUGGUCGAGGGCCAGCUCAGAUGCUUCCUGAAGGUGACCAUAGGCCGAGUUUUAUGGACAGUUCACAAGCCACCAUCUGCAACGUUCAUCAGGCUGCGCUGGUGGGGAGAGUCGUCCGACGGUACACAUUUCUUUCCCAGAGAUGGAUCACAGCUGGCACAGAAAACUAUCAAGACCACAGCUCGCUUCCCCAUCCGCUGUGGCCCGAAACAGUUCACCUCUUACCUUACAGAUAUGGGCUCUUUGGUGCUGGAAGUCCUAACUAAACCAGAUCAUCUGCCAGUUGCACGAGCUCAGGUCGCUGGCAUCUCCCGCCUGUCACUAUCACAGUCAAUCAGUGGAUUUUACACUCUUGUAUCUCCAACGUCUGAAAAGCUGGGAGAGCUACAGGUAGCUCUUAGUUUGGAGCCACUGACAGAAGCUUAUGACAGCAGCGGCUCCGGUCCCCACACAGAUCUCAGCACCGAGCGACGACAAGUCACCCCAAUGACCGUGCCCUCACAGCACAGGUUGCUUUCAGCCGACAACAGGAAAGAAUCAGCCGAGAGCAGUGGUGGAAACACACCAAGAGGGAAGGACCACUUAUAUUUCCAAAAUGCACAGAGGGACAAAGAAGAGACGCUUGAAAAUCAGAUGCCAACAACAAACAGAUCUCAGAACAGUCAAACAGCUGUGAAUCCUUUAAAUCAACCAACUAAUGAUAUAAUUUCAGUUAUUCUCGACCGUGGAAACAAACUCAGAAAUGCAAUGGUGAUAUCAGCUUUGAAAUCUGACACCGAUAGUGCUGCGGCUCUGAAAGAUACUCCACUGCCUCUACCAAAGGAAAACAUCCAGCCUCUGCCAAAGCCCUUGUCUUCUCCUUCUGGGAUGUUUCUUGAAAAUAUCCUUCACACUGAUUUAACUCUGAAGCACUCUGACGAUGUUACUGUAAUCUCAGACAGUGGCUUGGACGGACCUGCUGACAUAGACAACAGAGCUGUGGAUCUGGUACUUGGCAGCUCUACUUCUGCUUUUCCUCUCUGGGAUGGACAAGGCCCCUGCCUUGAUUCUCUUUCUGGUCAUAGCAGUGUCUGUAGCGAUAGUGAGCUCAAUGAUCCACAGUAUGAUCAGAGCUUGCUGGAAAAUUUGUUCUACAAAACUCCUAUUACAGGUACCACAUUAGCUGACAAUGAGGAGGAGUGCCAAGGGAUUGUGUCCUCAAGUAAAGAUCAGCCAAAAAAGCUGACUGAGUCUGCACCCAAGAUUAGUGAAGGCCACAAUUCAGAGAAUCAGCGGUCAGGAGAUGGUGGGAAUAUCCAUUUUCUCCUGAGUGCAGAGCAGCUGACUUUGCUGAGUUCGGUGCGGCUGGCAAGAGUGACGAUUGAGUCUCUGACUGUACCAGCUGGCAGCUCACCCACAACACCCAGAAAAACCUCAAAUAAAGGAAAACCACUUCGGCCAUUAAUUGCCAGGAAAUGUACAUAUUUUGUUGAGUAUUCGUUCCCAGUGACUUCAAAUCGACAUGAUCGCAGUAAGGCGAGCCGAGAUGGGGAAGUGACCAGAGUUGUUUCCAGUAAAGUCACAGGAAGAGUGGUGAACUUCCAUCAUCUCUCUGUGUUUCCUGUCAACUUCAGUACAGCCACAGUUGAACAGUGGUGGAGAACUGAUCUGAUUUUCAAGAUUUACUCACGAAAGAGUGACCAAAGGAAACCUGUUGCCAUUGGUAAGGCAAUUCAUCCAUUGCGCAGUCUGCUGCAGAGCGAGCAGCUGAGUCAGUCUGUCGUGUUGCCUGUUCAGAGAGAAGGCAACAGUGAAACAUGGGAGUUUGGACCUCUCAAGGUUUCACUAGAACUUGGAGCACACAGUAAAGGUUUCUCCUCUGAAAAAAGUAAAAUCAAGGUGACUUGGAGAGACAUGUCACCAUCACAAAGUCCAGAGAGACAGGCGAGCCUCAGAACCCAGCAUGUUACCAAUGGCAGAGAGGAGUUACCGGCUAGUUCUUUUGAAGAAGCCGGGCUGAAUGUUUGGACACCUCAGAGACCCUCCAGGGAACCUGCUCCUAUUUCCGGCUAUCAAACAUCUCCCCCUAAAUCGUGGCAGCAGGUGGAAGAGGAACCUGAGGUCCUGCUGCAUGCCUUACUCAUGGUACCAGAUGGGAAGAACUUCAACUGUGGGCCUCUGCAGGCUCCGAAUGUUUAUUUGAACUGUAAACUGUUUUGGUGUGAUGAGCCAGCAAGAUCUGUGGUCAGCUGGGGUCAGGCAAACCCUACGUUUAACUUUGUUCAGGUGACACCUGUGGCCUUAACAGCUAAGCUGCUGGAGAGGAUGAAGAAUAAUAUGAUGGUCAUAGAAGUGUGGCAGAAGACUAGAAGCUCAGGGCAGGAUCGACUCCUUGGCCUAGUUAAAUUACCUCUUCAUCAGUUCUACAUGUCAUUCAGGGAUUCAAAGAUCACCCACCUCCUCCUGCAGGCGCAGUACCCUGUUUUAGGGGUGGACUGCUACAUGCCUGUCAUUGAUGUGUUCUCAGGGAGCUGUAAAGGAAACCUCAGGGUUGUUUUGGCUAUGGGCCAAUCAGAGCAGAUAGUUUCCCUCCAGCGCACGAGAGAUGAAGAAUAUGACUUGUUGCCUCAUCUUGUGAGACCAGUUCAUCUGCUUGAUCACCAUCCACAUUCACAAACAAAGGUGACUGCAGCACAUGUAGAAUCUAUGAGAGAGCAUGUUUUUGUGGUAAGGGUGGAGAGGGUCAGUGGGAUGACUCCUCUGCAGUCCACAGUGUGGGGUGAGGCAGACUGCUACAUCCAGUACAGCUUCCCCUGUCAGGAGGGCAACUCUGCUGCAGACAUGGACCAAAACCUCAUAGAGAGCACUGUGAACCUGAAACCAUUUCGUACCACCACAACGCUCUGUGUUCCUGACCCGGUGUUUGGUCACACAGAGACUCAUGUGCUUCUGGCUCCUGAAGGAGUUCCUGUCCAGAGGCUGCUACUCAGCUCUCUCUCAAGUCAAGGUCUCAGCAGCGGUGGAGGCAUCCAGUUUGAAGUGUGGUGCAGAUAUUACUAUCCAAAUGUGAGAGAUCAGCUCGUGGCCAGAGGAAUGCUUCCGCUGUCCAAGCUGUGUGCCAUGGUUACCAUGCAGAGGCAAACUCCUGACGAGGCUCAGAUGUUCUCUCUGCCCCUGAUUCCCAGGACAGAGAGUCCCACAGUACACCAACCUCAGCCUUCAGGACUGUUAGAUGUUUGCAUUCGAUACAAGCACAGGCCUGUGAGACCUGAAGGACACACUGGAAGAGGAGCUGCCUCUCGAGUUGUGACACUCGUGGUUCAAGUGCACAGAGCAUGUGGUCUGAAGGCUGCCGCAAGGAUAUUAUCAGAACAAGAUGAGAAGUUCAGCUACUUUGUCGGCGUUGGUUUGAACACUUUCAUCACAGUCCAGCUGUCUUUCUUGCCCGAGAGUGAAAGGAGGUGCACCCGCACAGCAGCAAAGACUUUCUGCCCUGAGUUCGACCACCACAUGGAGGUGUCCUGUGAUCUGCUUGCUCAGACCAGCAGCGGAGAAACCUUCAGCCUUGCUGAGCAGCUGGAGCAGGCUUCUGCUGUCUUCACUGUGUGGAACCGUGACAAUCGUAAAAGUUUAAGUGUGAACGUUUCCAAAUCUAAAGAUUUAAUGUUGGGGACUGUGAAAAUACCUCUGUCUGAGCUCAUCAACAAAAGGACAGGUAUUUCUGGCUGGUUUGGAGUUUAUAUAAGUCGUGAAGCAAGUUCUUCUCAGCACCAGCACAUCUUGGUCGGAGGCCUAGAGCUUUCCAUUAGCUUCGCUCACCACUCUGAUAGAGAAAGGGUCAUUAAAGCUGCUCAGGGUUUAGGCUGGGAAAAUACCCUGACUGACAGUUCCAUGAUGCAGGAUGAAGAAGAACUGUUUGAAGAGAGCAUGAGAAAACUCUCGCUGACCUUUACCAUGCCUAGAGUGUGGCUACCCAUCCACUGUUUGCUGCUACCUGGGCACAGUGAGCUGCUGCGCUCCACCUACUGCUACAUCAGGUACAAGUUCUAUGACCGAGACGCCUUCUGUUCUCACCUGAAACACCCAUCUGCUGAUGAAGGCGCAGGGGAAGACCAGGCCACAGUGAGUUUUGAAGGAAGUAGGACUGUUGAACUGAGACGUACGCAGCCUUUAAUGUGGUAUCUACGGGAGGAGAAGCUGGAGGUGCAGGUGUGGGUUGCCUUUAAGAAAAAUAAAACCAGAAGGCCCAGUGACACAGACCGACUGGUGGGCUCAGCAUUCGUCGAUCUGUCCUCGCUUGCAAAGACUUCCAAGCAGAAGCUGACGCUAAGUGGAGUGUACCCUCUGUUCAGGCGCUCAGCAGCAGAUCUACAAGGAGCAGCUCUCAGGGUACACAUCACCUUGACAGGCGGUUCAGAUCCAGGAGAAAUACCUGCUGGAGCUGAGACUCAGGUGGACUCUGACAGUCAGGAAGAACUGGUAUCAGAGGACAUGGAAGAAAGAGAUCAAGUCCUUUCUCCAUCUACACUCAGAAAAUCAUCAGCACAGAGCAAACACAAGUAUAAAUCCUCCAGAGCCACUCCAGACAUCUCAUCUGUGCAGCACACGGAACAGAGUACAGAUGAAUCUUUCCCUGUGACAGUCACAGUGGAUCGGGCCAUGCACCUGAACCUGAAAGGCUGUCCCCUCGCAGAACGCAGUGAAGGGAUGCCAUGUUGCUGUGUUUCAUACGCCACUGCUGACUCUGCUGAACCAGUGUCCACGGCUGUGAUAGCUAACACAGACUCCCCUGUGUGGGACCAUCAGCACGAGUGCAGGCUAUCAAAGCAGCUCCUGGUUGAUCCACAACAAUCCCUUGUGUUUAAAGUCUGGCAUAAAGGAGAGCUGGACAGGGUGAUUGGAUUUGCCUCUGUAGACCUGUCCCCUUUAGUCUGUGGCUUCCCAUCAGUGUGCGGUUGGUACAACAUCACAGACUUUGGCGGCCAGUGUCACGGCCAGCUUAAAGUGUCCAUCACUCCACUGAAGGGGGUCCAAGAUUUACGCUGGCAGAGACUAUCUGUGAGUGAAGAAGCUGCCAAAAACUCAUUGGGUUUGUUCCAGUCCUUUCCUCUCAGCUACCAGACUACAGCCACAUACAGCAGCUUUCCCUCUCACAUCAGCAGGUUCCCUGAGCAGAAGAUCUCAUCACCCGACCACACGGACAGGCUGUUCUCUGAAAGGUCCAGUGAGAGUGACCGUCAUUCUGAGCACAUGGACAAUGUACGGCUGUACCAUCAAAGUCUGCAUGAGCAAACAGCGUCUCAGUCCUUUCACAGCAGUAGUGCAGGUGACAUCAAUCCUUCCAGCUCUAUCCUGGCACUCAGGAAAAAACUGAGCGAGCUUGACAACAUUCAGAAAUAUUUCAGCCGCAAACUUUCAACUCCUACAUUCCCACCUAUGCCAGAGCAGGAAAGUCACAAUAAACAUGAGAAACGGAGGGACUCGGAGUACAUCUCAUCUCAGCUUCUACUAAAGUCAAACCAGUUAGUCGGAGAAGUCCACAACAUCAUCAGUGGUCUACAACGACACCGCUUGGAAACAAUUCCUUCAAACCCACAGAGUAGCUCAACAGUGUCACCUGUUGGAGACAGCAAUACACAAGCCAUCACUGAGAGAUCGCCCAGUCCUCACAGAGUUUCACAUUGUUCCCCAGAAGUCACGUCUCCUCUGCCAUUUACACCAGCAGAAGUGUCUGAGGACCUCACAGACUCUGAGCCUGAGGAAGAAAAGGACAGACGAAGUGGCGAGGCUAAUAUGACUGAGAGUGAUGAAGAAGAAACUGGUUGCAGAGAGGAAGAGGACGAUGAUGUGGAUGAGCAGACAGAUGAGGAUUAUGAGGAGGUUGUAGUGAAGCUGAGGCCUUUAAAUGAGAUGACCUCAUUAACAGACAAAACCAGUCCCUGGACCAGCAUCUUGUCAGAUCCUGAAUUGGCCUCUCUGGAGAGCCUGGAGGGACCAGAGCACCUGGACCUAAGUGAAGAUGAGGGCAAGAAGAAACUGUUGGUAGAUAUGGAAUCGGGUCACCCCAGUGGGAAGCACAGGGAAGAGGAAAGUGAAGACCACUGCAGCUUAAAUGGUUCCACAGGAGAUGCCUCAGAUCUGGAGAGAGGUGAUGAAACGUUGCAACAUGCUAGAGAUGAAAGACAACAACAAGAACUAAAUAGCCCUAACAAGAGGUCACAUGACACAGAUUCAUCACCAGCCAAACAGCACACCACAGACACCCACAGUGUUUCCGCCUCCUCAGACGAGCCACACCUCCAACGCUCUGUUCCUGCAGAGGUUCUAAACUUCUUCCUCCCCUCCCACCAACUGGAGGCGUCGAUGAGAGCUAUACGUUUAGCACCCACGUUCUCCCAGGCAUCCAGCAACCUGGACCAGAACUCAUCGGUUCACAGCGCCCCACCUCCCAGAGGCCCUCGGCAGCGUCCCAACAUGUCACCGUCAUCCAUGAAGAAAGAGACGGAGAGAAUAGCAAAAAUUUUUGCAGCUCACUUUGAUGAGACUAAUUAGAGACGUUUGGUUUCAGCCUGCAACAAUAAUCAUGUAUAUUAAAUGUAACAUGUUGUAUUUUUAUAAAUAAAUAUUAACCAUUUUCACUACUGAA